AUGUCGACUCAAACGAUGUAUUUUGUAUGUGAAGCCUUGGGUGCAAAGGUAUAUAUGUACGGCCAGCUUUUUCGUCUCGAUCGACCUAGUGAAAUAGAAAGUUUCAAGGUGAAUGAAAGCUCACUACAUCUGCUGGAACUCACAUAUUCAGAGUCCCCCCUAGCUAGCUCAGUUAGACACGAGAGGACUCAGCAAUAAUGUCAUCCCACGAUCUAACCACUGAGGAUGGUAUCCGCGCUUAUCUAAAGGCUGUGGGGAGGUCUAAAGAGGUGGAAGUGACGCUGCUCUCAGGUGGCACUGCAAACUACGUAUACCGCAUAGUUGGCAUUCAUGGCUACAAAAGUAUCUUCAAGCACGCUGCGCCCUACCUUCACAUCAACAAGAGUUUUGCGUUUGACCCCACGCGCAUGGACUACGAAGCUCGAGCUUUGAGCAUUUUCUCACCUGCCAAUAGCGACAGCCCAAUAACACGAAAACUGCCGAAAACAGCUGUGCAUCCUGUGCGUCUGAUAAGUUACGACCAAGAGCGGAAACUUCUUUGUAUUGCAGAUGGCGGAGAUCGGAACCUCAAGAACGCAUAUGACGACUCAAAACUCAAUAUUCGUCUAGUCGGUGAAGAACUGGCCAAGUGGGUUGCCGCUCUGCAUAUGUGUUCAAAAGAGAUAUCGCUCGCAUUACUCGGUCAAGAUCCUACCGCGAGCAACAAUAAGAACAACCCAAUCGCGGUCAAAAUUUACCGCCACUCAUACACCAACCUUCACACAGCACUUUCGCAACAUGGCCACGACACAAAACUCGCAGACCGCAUUAACGAAGAGUUCGGCAGUCUUCUCGAAACAGACGAUGAAUGUGUCUGUCAUGGAGACUUCUGGCCUGGCAACGUUCUCGUAAAGCUGAACACCUCGCAACAGAAGGCAGUGGAUCUCACUAUCGUGGAUUGGGAGAUGGUACGCCGCGGCACCAGCGCCACUGAUGUCGGCCAAUUCGCUGCCGAAGCGUUUCUACUCGAUCGUUUUAGAGGUGGUAGAGGUCUGCUUCCUGCUUUUUUGAACGCAUAUGCUGCAGCUAGAGAAAGUGACAACACGCACAAAACGCUUGGCAAGGGAUGGCUAAGGAGGGUGGCAGUUCAUUGGGCUGUACAUGUUGCUUACUGGCCGACCAGGGUUGCGUGGACGGAUAAAGAAGGGACACAGCAACUAGUGGACAUCGGUGUGGACGUGCUUGAAGGUAUUUUGGAUGACGACUGGGAGAGCCUGCUAGAGUCUCCGCUACUAAAAUGCGUGAAAGAAGGUUGGGCGCCUAUUAUCGCAAAGGUGUGAGUAAUCUAUCUUUGUCAUUAGAUAGGAAGAUUGCGACUGCUUUCGUGAAAACUUCGUCUUAGCUUAGUGCGAGUAGUUGAAGCAAAAAACUUAGACCGUAGACAUGGUGGGAGUCCGGCGAUUUGCUCAUAGAGAUCUC